AUGUAUGCGAAGUGUAAUUUGAUACCCGUCUAUUCAGAUGAAGCAUCGAGCGGUAUAUUUGACACAUGGCGCGGCUGGCCGAAUUUCACAUUUUUACACGCGUUCAAUGCUAUGGAAAGCUCUAAAACUGACAGUGACGAUAACUUUCGUUGUCCUACUGAGCCUGGCCCAUCUUUUCAAUCGCCUGAAAGUGGUACGCACGGUGGGAAAAGACGUGGUUCUGGGAGGAAACGCAAGCAUGAGGAAGGCUACGAGAACGUACGUACGAAGUGCGAUUUGGAAGACCAUUUCCUUGCACAAUGA